GCUUUCCCCGCCCUGCGGCGUCGGAGGCUGCGCGGCCCCUGGGGCGCGGUCUGCGGGGAGCGUUUCCUGAGCCGCCCGUGCCCGCCUCGGGUUGCGUUUGUACGCAGAGCCGGCUUGUGCCUCGCCCGAGCGCCUCCGAUCCCGCUGCUACCCGGAGACGUCUUUUCUUUCUUGCCAAGUUUUCGACAUGGAGCAACUGGCCAGUGCGAAUGCUCAUUUUGCUCUCGAUCUCUUCCAAAAGUUCAGGGAAGCCAACUCGACCGGCAACAUCUUUUAUUCCCCAUUCAGUAUAUCCACUGCGAUGGCUAUGGUCUUCCUAGGGGCCAGAGAGAACACAGCGACACAACUCGCGAAGACAUUUCAUUUUGAUGUUAUUGAGGACCUUCAUUCAAGAUUCCAAACCCUCAACGCUGAGCUCAACAGGAGUGGCGCCCCCUAUAUAUUGAAGCUUGCCAAUCGGCUCUACGGCGAGAAGACCUACACUUUUUUGCAAGAUUUUUUGACUUGCACUCUGAAACGAUAUGGAGCAGAGCUAUCGACAGUGGACUUUCAAAAUGUUCCUGCUGAAGCCCGAAAGCAGAUUAACCAGUGGGUUGAAGAACAAACUGGAGGUAAAAUCCCGGACUUGUUACCUGAAGGUUCGCUUAAUGCACUGACCAAGCUUGUUCUGGUGAAUGCAAUUUACUUUAAAGGCAACUGGGAAGACCGAUUUCGAGAGGAAGAUACAGAGGAGAAGCCUUUCAGACUCAAUAAGAAGGAAAAGAAGACUGUGAAGAUGAUGUACAUGAAAAAGAAGCUUCCUUUUGGGUACAUCCCGGAAUGCAAAUGCCGUGUCCUGGAAAUGCCUUACAAGGGGAAGGAACUUAGUAUGAUCAUCCUGUUGCCUGAUGACAUUGAAGAUAAUUCCACUGGCCUAGAACAGCUGGAGAAGGAGCUCAAAAGUGCUGCAAAGCUCCAAAAGUGGACAAAGCGAGGAAAGAUGUCUUCCCACAAUGACGUUCAUGUGCACUUGCCUAAAUUUAAGCUGGAAGAGACCUAUGAUCUUAAGUCUGAUUUAGCAGCGUUGGGGCUGCAAGAUGUCUUUGAUAGUAGCAAGGCCGACUUGUCUGGGAUGUCGGGAUCCCGGGACCUCCAUGUGUCCAAAAUUGUUCACAAGUCCUUUAUAGAAGUGAACGAAGAAGGUACAGAAGCGGCAGCAGCGACUGCUGGAAUCAUGGCGUGUCUUAGUAUGCCUAUGGAAGAAGAGUUCAAUGCCGACCAUCCCUUUCUGUUUUUCAUACGUCAUAACCCGACCAACGCUAUACUUUUCUUAGGGAGAGUUGUUUCCCCAUGAAAAAUAAAGCAAACGGCAGAACCGUGAAAAGUGAAAUAAACGGCAGAACCAUA